AUGGAAGGUCACCAAGAGCCUAAUUACCCACCCCCAUUAACCCCAUCAUCCUUAAUCUCAUUGCCAUUCUUGUUGCCACCCCAAAACCCUCUCUUCACACCCUCAUCAACAUCAACAGCCCCAUCCUCCUCCUCACAGCUGAUCAGCCCUCCUCUUCUAGAACCUCAGCAGCAUCAAGUCCUCCCAGACAUUGAUUGGGUCAGCCUUCUCUCUGGUUCUCCAGCAGCUGGGUUUGAUGGGCAGGAGAUUAAUAAUUAUAAGCCACUGGUGGAAAAUAAUAAUGUUGGUGCCUCUGCUGAGAAUAUUAAUGAAGCUGAUCGGGAAGGAAAGGGUGCAAAUAGUAAAAGGAAAGGUGGAGGUAGGAUGAGAAAACCAGCGAGCCGGCCUAGAUUUGCUUUUCAGACCCGGAGUGCCGAUGAUAUUCUUGAUGAUGGUUAUCGCUGGAGAAAGUACGGACAGAAGGCCGUCAAGAACAACUUAUAUCCCAGGAGCUAUUAUCGGUGCACACAGCACACAUGCAAUGUGAAAAAGCAGGUCCAGAGGCUGUCUAAGGACACGAGCAUUGUGGUGACAACAUAUGAAGGAACUCACAAUCAUCCCUGUGAGAAGUUGAUGGAAACCCUAACUCCUCUUCUGAAGCAAAUGCAGUUCCUCUCUAGGUUCUGAUUCAAAAUUAAUUAGCUCGCUAGUACCAAAGGUUUAAUUGCUACAUGAACAUACAGAAUACACAGUGCAUGAUCUUCUGUUGGAAAUUAAUUUGUACUUAUAUAUGUAUUAACCUUAUUAA